AUGCCCUUCCCUCCUCCGCCCCCCGCUGCGAACGCCGCUCCCGGCGCCGGUAUCCCACCACCACCGCAACCCCCUCGCGCACGCCGGUCCUCGUCCCCGCAGGAGAAGCCGCCGUGGGCGCCGCCGCCGCCUCCCGGCCCGACUCUGCGUCAGGUCGUCGAGCGCAACGAGCGUGAGAUGGGCCUGCGGUGUUCCGACGUGAGUUGCGGGAUCGGGCCCUCAGACGACGACGACUGCUCGGCUUCGCCCGCUCUCGCCCCCGCCUGCCAGAUCGCGAUCCGCAAGGCGGGCGCGGCGGGCGUGGCGUGCGAGCACCGCUUCCACCCGGCCUGUCUCGUCGCCGCGGAGCGCGUCGCGGGCUGGGCGGUGGGCGAGCACGACGCGGGCGAGGCCGUCGAGGCCGCGUGCCCGGUGUGCAGGUCCGCCGGCGUCAUCCCGCGCGCAGAGUGGCAAGAGGGCGUGAGCCAGCUGGUAUGA